CGAAUACAAUGACUUCUAUAUAAAAGCGUGAUACAUAGAUCUGCCAGUGGGAGGGUGCAACCAUAACAAUGUCACGUCCUGUAGCUACGGUGCCUCCUCGCGGGGUGUACGCCCCGGUUGUGUGCUUUUUUGAUGAAGACGAAAACAUUGACGCCGGCGCACUCGAGGCACAUAUUGCUCGUCUGGCCACGGCCGGUGUUGCGGGACUCGUCGUGCAAGGAUCAAAUGGCGAAGCUCCCCAUCUGCUGCACUCGGAGAGGAUCGAAGUGACCGCCUUGGCUCGACGAGUUCUGGACAAGCAUGGACGCAAGGAUGCUGCCAUCAUUGCAGGGUGUGGUGCACAAAGCACGAAAGAGACCAUCCUUUUAUGUCGCGAGGCCAAGGAUGCCGGGGCGGAUUUUGCUCUGGUGUUGAGUCCCAGUUACUGGACUGCAGCCAUGGGAAAACCGACCAUCAAGGCCUUCUUCAACGAUGUCGCCGAGGCCUCCCCGAUCCCCAUCUUGCUAUACAACUUUCCCGCCGUCACCUCCGGAAUCGACCUGGACUCGGACACCAUCACAUCGCUGGCCAUCGACAAUCCCAAGAUCGUGGGCUGCAAGCUGACGUGUGGUAAUGUCGGCAAGUUGCAUCGGAUUGCUCAUGACCGUCGCCUGUCAACACCGUUUGCCGCGUUUGCGGGCAAAUCCGAUUUCUUCCUGCACGGCCUCGUUGCGGGCUCGCAUGGAGUGAUUGCCGCGGCGGCCAACUUCGUCCCAAAGGUGCAUCUGGCGCUGCUGGCGGCUUAUGAUGCGAGGGACUACUCCAAGGCCGAGGAGUUGCAGACCAAACUCAGCGUCGCCGACUGGGUGCUGGUCCAGCUUGGGGUGGCCGGAUUGAAAGGGGCAUUGCACCGCUACUACGGCUACGGCGGUGGCCGGAGUCGGAGGCCUCUAGGCAACGUCGAUGCGGCGCGGUUCAACGGCGACGCUGACACGGUGCUGCGAGAACUGGUUGACCUAGAACAAAAGCUGUAGAGCAGACAGAAAGCCUUUAGGACAAAGUAGACGUUGCAUGGUUGCUGCGUCGAGGCUGUAGGCGACCAGGCUGUGAGGUUGUGGGGCUCCAUCCCCUACUAUGUAGUAGCCGCCAAAGUGGCCAGCCUUUCAGCCUAUUGGCGG